AAUCGUAAGUCACGCGAGAUGUGAAUUACUGGAGUCGUGCAUUCAAGAUGGACGCCGCCAAGGUGGAGCAUGUUGUCGCAGAUGCUGGAGCAUUUUUGAAAAAGGCCCCACUUCAGGAAAUCGGGAAAACCAUCUACACAUUGAAGGAUGUUGUGAAUGAAAUUCGGGACAAACCAACCAAAAGAAGUUUAUCCUUCCUACCCUACACACUCAUCUUCAAAGACCCUUUUCCAGAGCACGUACGAUUCGUGACCGAAUUCUCCAAAAAGACGGGAGACUACCCUAGCCUCUCUGCCACAGACAUCAAAGUUUUGGCUUUGACAUACCAGCUUGAACUGGAGAAUGUUGGUUCCAAGCACCUAAAAUCUGAACCCGAUGUAAAGGUUAAAGUUUCUAGUACACAGCGACAUCCAGAGGCUCCAGAUAAUAUUGCUGGAUUCCACUUUCCUCAUCAUAAAAUCUCAGAGCCAAAUGCCAGGAACCAAGCCAACAGAGAGACACAUGCACACUGCCCUGCAGAGUCAAAUAAAGUUACUUCUCAGGAUCCUGACAAUGUUGAGUUCAACAGCUUUCAGUUCUGGCGGACUACUUUGCCUGAUAUUGAAGCUGACAUCUUGGAGUUACUUAAUGUCACAGAAGUGAAGACACAAGUGCAGAGUCCAGCCAAGACAAAUGAUGUGAUCUCUUCGCCCACUGAGACGGUAGAGUUUAACAGCUUUCAGUUCUGGAGAGCUCCUAUACCCAGCAUUGAUGCUGAUCUAUUCGAGCUACUUGGUGCAGACACCAUGACUGCUGGAGACGGUGAGGUGUCUGAGAAGAUGCAGUCUGUGCAUCUGUCUGCAGAGGAGCACAACACAUCCACAGACUCCGGGAAGGGCAAAGACUCAGAAGAGGUCAGUACUGGCUCUCAAGAAGGAAGCGAGGAGAGGGAGGAUGAUGACGACAACGAAGAAGAAGAAGAAGAUGAUGUUGGUGGUGGCUGGAUCACUCCCAAGAACAUAAAGCAGGUCAAGUUGGAUGGUCACAAUGGCAAACCAGCAGCAGAUGUUAAAGUGGGCUGUGUAACCACUGACUUCGCUAUGCAGAAUGUCCUCAUUCAGAUUGGGCUGAAUGUCCUGUCGGUGAAUGGCAUGCUCAUCAAGCAGACAAGGAACUACAUUUUGCGCUGCCAUGCAUGUUUCAAGACCACAACCAACAUGAACAAGACAUUCUGCCCACACUGUGGCAACAACACACUAAAGAAGGUUGCGGUUACAAUCAGUGAGGAUGGUAGUACGCAGAUGCAUUUCUCCAGGAACCCCAAGGUUUUGAAUCCAAAAGGAAUGAGGUACUCCUUGCCGAAGCCACAGGGUGGCAAACACGCUAGCAAUCCCCACCUGGUAGAAGACCAGCAGUUUCCCCAGCAGAGGGUAUCCAGGAAGGCGCGCCAGAAGACCGAUGUUUUCGACCCAGACUACGUGGCUGGAAACUCUCCGUUCAUUGAGAACGAUAUUUACAGCCGCUCUGCCACCCUGCAUAUCCGGGACACCCAGGGCAGCGGUGGCGGCCGCCGUCGUUCCAACCCCAAUGCUGCUCGCAAGAAGUUUGUCAAAAAGAAGUGAGAACUGUUGGUGGAAACAUAAUCGUAACAAGGCCCUGAGUGGAGAUUAAUUAGGUCUAUCUCCAUAUGAAACUCAACCUUUGCUUUCCAAUGUGUUUCCCUAGUAUAAAAUGGUAAAAAGGUAUAAAGUGUCCUAUUUUUCUAUUGAUGAGAUCACUGCUUCAAUGUAAUCCAUUUUGAUAUUAAGAUCAAAUGGAAGAUUUAAAGUUUUAAUGGAAUAUACAGUAUUUUGACAUGAUACAAUAUCAUUAAAAAAUAUAUUAGAUUUGUGAUUGUUACAACUACAAGUUGUUUAAACAGAAGAAAAUAGACUGAUUUCCGAAAGCAGAACCAUCCUUGCAUUUCCGUUCUGGACAUUAUCCCUUUCCCAUUGUAACAAGUCAACAAUAUUUAUUAAACAUUUAAAACCCAA